CCCAGAUUCUCUCUUUCAUCUUCUUCUGCUUUCUAUCUUUCACUUCCUCCAAGGAAUACCACAAUCACCAAAUACCCAUCAACAAAGAGCCUAAGAAAAUGAUGAACAUGAAGAAACAACUUAACCUCCAACAUUCCUCAUCAGUUCUACUGAUCAUGAUCAUGAUCAUGAUCACCCUCUUCACCACAACCUUAGCUCAGUCACCUGCAACUGCUCCAGCCCCUUCUGUCCCAAUCCCUCCUAGCCCACCCCUUCCUGGCCCGGCCUCUCCUGGCCCAGCCCCUUCUGGCCCUACCAACAUCACAGCAAUCCUAGAAAAAGUUGGAAAGUUCAACAUCUUUAUCAGGCUACUGAAGAGCACUGGACUUGCAGACCAAAUCAACUCAGAAAUCAACAACACAAACCAAGCCAUUACCCUCUUUGCCCCACCAGACAAUGCCUUCUCCGGUCUCCCCUCAGGGACCUCCCUUAACUCCUUCACGGGUGAGCAGCAGAUAAAGUUGGUGCAGUUUCAUUUGCUCUCUACCUAUGUUUCUCCCAUACAGUUCCAGACCCUUAGUAACCCUGUUCGUACACAGGCAGGGAGUAGCCGUGAUGACCAGUUUCCAUUAAAUCUCAUCACUUCUGGCACAAAUGUGACUAUGACUACUGGAAUUGUUAAUGCCACUGUGGUCAACAAAAUCUACACAGAUGGGCAGUUGGCUGUGUACGAAGUGGAUAAAGUUCUCCUUCCUAGGCAAUUUUAUGUUACGCCGUCGCCGGCUCCUGCUCCAGCUCCGGCACUGCCUAAGCCAAAGAAGUCCCAACCUUUGUCUGCUGCCCCUUCAAUUUCUACUGUGGUUCCAUCUAGUGCAGUGAGUAUCUCAAGGUACAUUGGGGUUUCCUUUGCAGUUGCAGUAGUUGCAGUCAGUGCUAUAUGAAUCAGAAUUUAUGAUCAUCAUCUAGAGUGAUCAAAGAUGCAAUGAGUGGGUUUUGAAUAAUUUGGGGAUCUCUAGCUCUUUGUUCUUGAAUCCUUUUGCAGUUCCAUUUGAAUGUUUUUGCUGUUAUGAGAUGGGUCUGUUGUGAUCAAAUAUUGUUGGGUUGAUCCCUUUUUAAUUUGAGAUUUAUUUUAUUUUAUUUUUCUUCUUUAUAUCAUAAUAAAGAAUAGCUUUGGCUAUGGAGCCUCAA